AUGACAGAGGGUACGAAAAACGCGGUCAUGCUAGACGGAGAACUGUCUAAAUUCUUCGACAUCGAGCAGGGGGUCCCACAAGGUUGCACGCUGUCCCCAACACUGUUCCAGGUGUUCAUCAACGGGGACACGGAAACGUCGGUUUCAGGAAUGCUGUUUGCGGAUGAUUUUUUUGUCGGCAUGUCGGACACCCCAGAGGGACUGCAACUGCAAAUUGACGGAGCGAAGAAGUUUACUGAUAAGUGGAGAUUGUCUGACAUCGUUCAGAAGAGUGCCGUCAUGAGAUCGCAAAAAGAUUGCUCGUGGAAUGCACACAUGUCCAAGGUAGCGGAAGACGGCAAAGCACGAGCAGGGAAGCUGCACUCAAUACUCGCAAACCGGCACCUCGAUAUACGCAUCAAAUUGACGAUUUUGAAGAGCGUAAUCGUACCGCCGCUAGAGUACGCCGGAGAAGUAUGGGAAGGAAAUAAGAAGGUAGUGAAAGAACUCGAGGCGGCGCA